GGUUCACCUUGCCCUUAAUCCAUGUGAAGACCUGCUGGAGACACCUUGUAGAAACAAGUUUUCAGUCUUAAUAAAUUUUGUUGUGUCCAAGAAGAGCCUGUCCAAAUGAGCAAGACAUCCCAACAGAACACCACUACAGAUGCCAACGGAGUAAGUGUGAUUCACACCCAAGCACACACCAGUGGUUUGCAGCAGGUUCCCCAGCUGGUGCCCAUUAGUCCUGGUGGUGGAGGCAAAGCUGUGCCUCCGAGCAAACAAGGAAAGAAAAAUUCCUUUGUGGAUAGAAACAGUGAUGAGUAUCGUCAGCGCAGAGAGCGCAACAACAUGGCAGUGAAAAAGAGCCGGUUAAAAAGCAAGCAGAAAGCACAAGACACGCUGCAAAGGGUCAACCAGCUGAAAGAAGAAAAUGAACGUUUAGAGGCAAAAAUUAAGCUCCUGACCAAGGAGCUGAGUGUACUGAAAGACUUGUUCCUCGAGCAUGCACACAAUCUUGCAGACAAUGUGCAACCUGUUGGCACUGAAACCACCACAAAUCCAGAAAACAAUGGACAGUAGACACCGUUGCAACCUUAUGAAAUGAACGCUUGAGGUGCAGCUUGUCUGCAGCACCC